AUGGGCUCCGCCGCAGAAACGACGAGCUCCUCCCAGAACAAUCACAAUGACGACCACGUCCUGCGGCCCCGUCCGCGCAAACCGCAACAUGCCCAGGUCAGAGACCUGGCGUGGAUGGCGUCAAACGAGGGGCAGGAGGGGAAGCCUGCCCACCUUGCGCCCUCUGAUCAAGAUACCCUGAGCGGUCGCUCUAGUGGUCGAUCGACGCCGGUACCAGACAAUGCGCCCCCGUCCGAGAAACACCUCUCGUCUGCGCGGAAGCAGGCUCGCGCCGAGCAGCGCAGGCGCAUCUUCCCUACCAUUGAGUACGCGAGCCGAGUGUCCCAUUUCGACCCCGAGUCUGACUACCGCGACUUCCACGGCUUCUUCAACCUGUUCUGGAUCGGCCUGGCCAUCAUGGGCAUCACCACCAUGCUGCGCAACACCAAGGAUACCGGUUUCCCCUUGCGCACGUCCAUCUGGACGCUGUUCACGGUGAAGCUCUGGCAUCUGGCCAUCGUCGACCUCCUCAUGGUUGCCAGUACGAUGGUCAGCAUCCCGAUACACCUUCUAGCUAGGUGGAGUGGCGCCAACAGUAUAUGGACUUGGAGAAGAGGGGGCGUCGUGUUGCAGAGCAUCUACCAGACCCUCUGGUUCAGUCUCUGGGUCGCCACCCCUUUCCUGUUAGAGUGGACGUGGACGGCGCAGGUCUUCCUGCUGUUGCACACCAUGGUCCUCCUCAUGAAGAUGCACUCGUACGCCUUCUACAUGGGCCAUCUCUCUGAGACCGAGAAGCGAUUGCGCGAACUGGACAGCCCCUCUACGGCAGACCGUCGCCCAGCUUACCUAUACCCCAGCGCUGAGAACCCCGAGGGCGUGCUCCUGGUCAAGGGCACCAAGGCCAAGAACCCGAAGAACCGAGAACCAGAGGACACAGAUGAGAGUGCGGACGAGGUACAAGCCCUGCGCGAGGACCUUGCCCGCGAACUCACGUCUCCCAUGGGCAGCGUCACCUACCCACGCAAUGUCACCCUGACCAACUACUUCGACUAUCUCCUGUGUCCCACUCUCUGCUACGAACUCGAGUAUCCGCGAACCACCCAUAUCAACUGGACCUCGCUCAUCUCCAAGAUCAUCGCCACUUUUGGCUGCAUCUUCCUGCUCACGAUAACUUCGGAGGAGUUCAUUCUGCCUAUCCUUGAUGAUGCCUCUACCCGUCUCGAGGCUGCGACAUCUGCGUCGGAGGGGAUUCUAAUCUUCCUCGAGUCCAUCUCCUGGCUUCUGUUCCCCUUCACCCUCACCUUCCUCCUCGUCUUCCUCGUCAUCUUCGAGUACGUCCUGGGCGCCUUCGCCGAGAUCACCCGCUUCGGCGAUCGCCACUUCUACUCGGACUGGUGGAACUCGACCGACUGGAUGGAGUUCUCUCGCGAGUGGAACGUCCCCGUCUACUCCUUCCUCCGCCGCCACGUCUACUCGGCCGCCAGCCCUCACAUCGGGAGGUCCUACGCCACCCUCAUCACCUUCCUCAUCUCCGCCAUCGGCCACGAGAUCGUCAUGGCCUGCAUCACCAAGAAGAUCCGCGGCUACGGCUUCUUCUGCCAGAUGCUCCAGCUGCCCGUCUUCAUGAUGCAGCGCACCCGCUGGGUCCGCGGCCGCAAGACGCUCAACAACGUCUUCUUCUGGUGCUCCAUGAUCCUCGGGCUCAGCUUGAUAUGCGCUCUCUACGUCCUCAUCUAA